UCCGGUGGAAGAAGCACAGCGGCGGCCGCUCCCAACAUGCACAGCCUGGCGACGACAGCGCCUGUGCCUACUGCACUGGCCCAAGUGGACAGAGAGAAGAUCUAUCAGUGGAUCAAUGAACUGUCCAGUCCUGAGACGAGGGAAAAUGCUUUGCUGGAGGUAAGCAAGAAGCGAGAAUCUGUCCCUGACCUUGCACCCAUGCUGUGGCAUUCAUUUGGUACUAUUGCAGCACUUUUACAGGAAAUUGUAAAUAUUUAUCCAUCUAUCAACCCUCCAACUUUGACAGCACAUCAGUCUAACAGAGUUUGCAAUGCUUUAGCAUUGCUGCAAUGUGUGGCCUCACACCCAGAGACCAGGUCUACUUUUCUUGCAGCACACAUCCCACUUUUUCUGUACCCCUUUUUGCACACAGUCAGCAAAACUCGUCCCUUUGAAUAUCUUCGGCUCACCAGCCUUGGAGUUAUUGGGGCCUUGGUAAAAACAGACGAACAAGAAGUAAUCAACUUUUUAUUGACAACAGAAAUAAUCCCUUUGUGUUUGCGCAUUAUGGAAUCUGGAAGUGAACUUUCUAAAACGGUUGCCACAUUCAUCCUCCAGAAGAUCCUCUUAGAUGACACUGGUUUGGCUUAUAUAUGUCAGACAUAUGAGCGUUUUUCCCAUGUUGCCAUGAUCUUGGGUAAAAUGGUCCUGCAGCUAUCCAAAGAACCAUCUGCCCGUCUUCUGAAGCACGUAGUAAGAUGUUACCUUCGACUCUCAGAUAAUCCCAGGGCACGUGAAGCACUCAGGCAGUGCCUCCCUGACCAGCUGAAGGACACAACCUUUGCCCAGGUGCUAAAAGAUGACACCACCACGAAACGCUGGCUUGCACAACUGGUGAAGAACCUGCAAGAGGGCCAUGUCACCGAUCCCCGGGGAAUUCCCCUGCCCCCUCAGUGAUCCUUCCUAUUUCCUCCUACUACUCUCAUAAGUGUGGGAGUGGGAGUGGGACCUCUGAGGAAAACAGCUCAGGUUUUAUUGCCGACCGGGAAUAGACAACCUCAAUGCUGAACCGCACUGGAGAAAAGGGGCGAGGUACCCCGCUGAGGUGUGUGGGCUGACUGGAGGUCCUGGAUCCCCCUGCUGCUCCCAGGAAUUGGGCUCCUGACACAGCAGUCUGCCGCCACAGCCCCAGGAGGGAGUCAACACCAGCAAAUGCUGUAUUUGCAGCAUGCCCAAGAUGACCCUGUUCCUGAACCUCUACCUAGUCACUGGUAGAAAGGAGACAUGGUAAUAGCAGCAACGCUCUAGCU